GGAAACGGUACGUAGGCGGCUCACGCCAGCACCCCCCCUUCCCCACCACCAUCUCCAAAUCCCACACGAAACCCACCCAAUUCCACUACGGUAACUCCUCAAUCCCCAAUUUAUUUCCCAAACAAAAAAAAAAAAAAAAACCCUCUUUCAGAUCCAAAUUUCACAACUUGUGCACACCCAGAUGCGUUGUUGAUCUGGGUUAUGGAGGUCGUUGAGGUGAAACCCAUGAUCGGUGUUGAGCGGGUGAGUUCGGAGAUGGAUCAGGUGCGUGUGAAGAGGAAAACCCUUGAAGCGGUUCUUGAUCAAUGCCAACGAGCUCUUGAAUUGCUCAGUGCUAAUGGGUGUGUUGAAGAUGAUGAUGAAGAUGAAAGUUGUGAUGAGGUUGUUGGUGGGUCUAGUAGCGGCCGUGUGUUGUCGCCGCAACGGCAGGAUGGUGAAGCUGAUUUGCUAUGCAGUCUGCUCAAGUCAAGACUCGAAUGCCCCGAUUUUCUUGAAAAACUAGAGUGUGCACAAGUUUCAGUUCCGCAGAAUUUAGCUGAAGAAAAUAGUUCUUGGGACAUGGUGAGUGAACAUGAUCUAUGGGAAGGUGGAAACAAUGUGUCGGAUGAAGAUUAUGUAUUGGUUAGACAAGAUGACAUCGUGGACGGAAUUGCAUGCUUCAUGGCUGCAUAUCUGAUUUCCCUCAAAGAGACCAAGGAUUUGAGUCCAAAACAACUCCAGGAUGCCCUUAGCAAGACAUUCUCCAUGAAAAAACAAAAGGGUAAGCUUCGAAAGGCGUGGGAUGGAAGCAAAGUUAUUUAUAAUGUUGCCUCUUGGGGUGCUACCGCAAUCGGGAUAUAUCAAAAUCCGGCGAUCCUGAGGGCUGCUUCUGCUGCAUUCUGGACUUCAUGCAAUGUGAUAUCAAAGCUUUUCUAGAAAAAUGGCAGCGAAGUGUGUUUGGUGCAUCUCUAGUUUGCUCUAACGUUGUUCGUUCUGUAAAAAGUAUCUUAUUGUCAAUCAAAAAUCGUUGGUUCCUAGGAUUACCAACCAAUGCUGUACAUAAAUUCAUUUGAUCUGCCUUACUGUAGUUGCUUGAUCGUGUUUCUUCUUUCAUGAUAAAAAAAAUGUUGUUUGUUUGUUCAAAAUUAUUAGUGCCAUUAAAAGCUCUGUUCUUCG